AUGUCUGGCAACCAGCCCAACACGUGUCCAACAUAUCUGCCAGGACUGCUUACCCAGCCAUUGAUACCUAGCCCUGUCAUCAACUGGAUUCUUCCAGCGCGUCUUCGAGAUAAAGACCACAAAGAUGUGAUUUUCAUUGGAGAGCGGCAAAUUCAAAUCAAGGAAGCCCUACCCAGUGGUCAUCUUCAAGAUGUUGAAAAAACUGACGUUGAAGGCUUACUUAUUGGGGCAAAAGUCAUCAAUGUAAGCAUCCAGCGUCCAUCAGGUCUAAUGGCUCACUAUUGCGACUAUGAGAAUCAUCGUCUGCCUCCUCAAAUCCUUUUCCUUGCUACGGAUUCAAACGAGCUCCUUUUCAUGUACUACUCAGAAGUCGGGGAUGGUCCAUUUGUUUCCUACAAUCGACCUCUUCCCCGCGAUGUCAACAUAGCCGACAAGUAUGGCAAGCACAUAGCUGUUGACCCCAAAUCGCGUGCAGUCGCCGUCAGCGCGUCGCGUAAUUUUUUCGGUGUCUUGUGGUUGAAAUCUCCCGGCGAACUCCAGACGCAGAUGGCUCAGGGGAAGCUGAACCCACUGGAAAGUGAAAUUUUCUUACAAGUGGAUGGCGAUAUCCUGUUUAUGGAAUUUCUUUACCCGAAAGACGACAAUGACAAACGGACCAUCCUGCUGCUCAUCGUCCAUAAGCUUGGCUCAACACGAUCCAUAGUUUUUGAGUGGGAUGAAGCCAGCAUGCCCAACCGCAUGGGCCCCACACCCACCUCAACUUGUCUGCCUCAGCAAGACCAGUUGCCUAGUAUGGUCAUCCCUUUGGCCAAAGAAUCCUCUUUCCUCUUGAUUACCUCGAAUUCCAUGGCUAUGUACACACCAGAUUCCCCCUCUUGUCCGAUGCGAUACCCACCAAUCAUUCCCGAUGCCGAAUCAUCUGAAGCUGGGCUGUGGACUCGCUGGGCUAGACCUUCGCGGAACCGGAUGUACAGUCAGAGGUAUGAUGGAGUCUUUCUCUGUCAAGAAAAAGGCUGGAUCUAUUAUCUCGAGUUUGGCAAUGAUGGUGAACUCGAAACUCAGACUUCUCUGGGCCAACUCCACUGCGAUGUUGAUACGGCAUUUGAUAUUCUUGAUAUGGGCCACGAAGGUGGUGACUUUAUUAUCGCUGCUGGAAGCCAGGGUGAUGGUGGAUUGUUUGUCCAAGAGGCACGGGAUCACCCCAGAUGUGUUCAGCGAUUCUUCAACUGGGCCCCAGUUCCCGAUGCAGUUGUUAUUCCAUCAAACCCAUCCGCCGUCUUCAAAGAUAAUCCAUAUGAAUGCGAUCGGCUCUUUGUCUGUUCGACCUCUGCUUCAGGCAAUGGAGCUAUUACCGAACUUCGAUACGGAAUUGAAGCUCAGAUCGGUAUUUCAGCUGCAUUGGGUGAAUUGUCCAGUAUACGUGAUAUGUGGGCUGUGUCAUUCGGUUCUAAGGACUCAAUCUAUCUGCUUGCCUCUGAUCCGCUUUCGUCAUUGCUUCUUCGUACGACUCCCGACAUGAGAGAUGGCAUUACCGCCCUUGAGGACGAUACAGGCCUGGAUAUUCAGCAGACUUUGGCAAUGGACUGUACACCUUCCGGUGUUAUUGUUCGGGUCACAGAAAAAGCUGUUCACUUCUUUGUUCCUACUGAUUUCACUCUCAACAGCUGUGUUGAGCAUGAUUCCCUUGUAUUUGUCACUGCAGCCAUUGUGGAUGGCCCAAGUUCCACUGUUAUCAUGACUACAAGAACUAACAAGGGGAAUUUUCUCCACGUUCUUAGCAUCGUCACGAGUGAAGGAUGUGCCUCCUCCCUAUCUGAUCAUGUGCCUCCAUGCCCGCUCCAGAAAGAACCCAUCUGCAUCUCCUACCAGAAUUGGGGAGGAGUUGGACUUAUUUUCCUAGGCACCAGCGAUGGCACGGUGCUAUCAUUCGAGAUCUACAACGAGACUGGUGAAAUCAGACAACAUGAUGAUACUCUUAUCGAAAUCAUCAACAAUUCAGAAGACGUGUCAGAAACGAUUGAAAGUCUCGCUGUUAUCAAGACUCUCUCGGACGAUAGAAUUCACGCAUUCCUUUUCUGCGGGCUACGAAGUGGCAUACUUGUUCCAUUUGAGAUAAAUACAAACAUCCUGAAUGUUCACGGUGACCCUAUUUUCGGUUUCAAAUAUGGCCAGCUUCUGGUGUGCUCUCUGGAACAAGAAGCAAAGGUCGUUCCCCGACGCAUCGACAUUCCCGGAAAUCCCAACAAGCUCACCUACUCUAACCAUCUCCGGAGUCUCAUUGUUUCAUAUUCUGUUGCCCAGACCGGAAACCAAGCAAGGCCUCUUGAUCUUUCCCGCAUAGCAUGGGUCGAGUUUGUGGAUCCAGACACACAGUCGCCAGUAGUCUCCAACGAUAUGAACAUGGUUUCUCAAGGCCUUCUCCCCUGGAGACCACAUGGAGUUUCUGGUGAAAAAAUCACAUGCAUUUUUGACUGGAUGCCACAAAGGGAAGGCAACGCAUACCAUCUUAUUGCAAUUGGGACUUCGGUCAAUCUGCCUCACCAACCCAAUAGCCGCCAAGGUCGGUUGGUGCUCAUACAAGCGUCUCGGGAUGCCAACUCUCCUGGGCAGAUCACUUGCAUUGACAAGCACACACAAUGGUUUAAAGACCCAGUUUAUGCAAUGGCGGCGUGCGAGGAUAGCUUAAUAGUUGUCUCUGGGAAGAAGUUCUUCACGGUCACCUCACGAAACUCUCAAACAAAAUGGGUUCGAAAUAUUACAGCUACCCUUCCAUCUCCAGCUGUCGCGAUGGUGGUACGAGGAAGCAUGAUCUACAUCACCAGCUCGAGACACUCCCUGCUGGUCUACAAGAUAGUAGAUGGAGACAUCCAGAUGCACGGCUUCGACCCAAUUGCACGCGACGGUUUGUCUCACACUUUGAUGCCCGGAUAUGGAAUUCGAUCGGAUCUCCUUUUUGUGAGUACCCGAGGCGGAGCUACCCGGGCUUUCGCAGACCUUGAUCAACCAGGGGACCUUGUGCCACGCCCAACGGCCAAUCUCCCCGUCUCGUUGAUCAAGCUCACUCGGGGCAUCAAGUCGCCAGAUUCGCUGACGACCACCGAAACCUUCUAUGGUUUCGGCAUCAAUGGAUCUGUCUACAGGCUCUUGCCCCUUGAUGCGAAGGAGUGGUGCCUCCUUCGACUUCUGCUCAACAUCUGCCUCAGGGAUGAAGUCAUCUGUCCCUCCCUGUCCCGCAGACAUCGCUACCUCGAUGCAAUCUCCCAAGUUGAGAGCAAUAUGCAUAUCGACGGCAACGUCCUGGUCCGCCUUGCCAGUCGCGACUCGAAAUACCUGGAUGAGGUUCUUAUGGCAUGCAACAGGAGUCAGUUCAAGGACCUGACCCCUGAAACCGUGCACACGUUCAUCGGGGCAGUUGAGGACGUGCUAGGGGUUCAUGUCAACCAUACCCAGGCUCUCUUCAGCUGGCUUCGGAAGAUGCUGCACAUUGAGAUCUAA